AUGGCUACCUUAAACGUCAGCCUCGAAGACACGCCUCUUCAUCACCUCCAAUCCAUGGCCCAGCGCCCAGAUGGUGCUCUACAACGCAUCAUGAACGACGAAAUUCAGUUCCGCCAUGAUCUCCGCUCCUCUACGAAUUUCACCCAUACUUUAACCAAUGCUCUCUCCGACCAGCAGACCACUUUCCUCCGUGCUGCUUUCCCGAACAUCACGUUCAAGUCCAACCCUUCGAUCUCCACCAACCCGCAUGCACUCGCACACGAGAUCUCUGUCAUCCAAGCUGCCGCUCUCCGCCGCAACAUCCCCUCAGGACAACGUUUCAUCGACUUCUCGGGUGACCCGUCUGUUCAUUUAUUCCAGGGUAACACCGAUUUCCACGUUUGUCAUUUGCAACGUGACGACUUGAAGUUCGGUGUCCGUCAAUUUAACAUCGCUAGCAAGCUAGAAAAUCGCCGUCAUCAUUCAACUGCUUUCGCGCGUGGUACGCCUCGUCGUAACCGUCACUCUGCUAAUCCUGAUAACACGGAAAAUGCCCGAGCUCUUCACGAACAACGAAUUGCGACUUGCAUCGAACGUUACCAGAAGAAUCCGACCCGUUACAGCUGCGACGUACCCGUCCAAAAUUGCGAAUUUUCCGCUCCCUUCGCCAUUGGUUCACAUGCGUUCUACAGUCACGGUCCUGCUUUCGCCGCAACCUUUGUGAUAUUAAAGGUAUUGUCCGUCUUGAGCACACACUUCACUGGGACCCACGCCACAUUGACGCGAUUGGUCUCGACUGGGAAAUCUGCUCCCGCAGAGAGCGUUUCGGCAACGUGCCCCAAAACUCCCAGAAUCCCAUAG